UGUCUAGUUCCGUACGUCGAUACGAAACAGAGCGAAAAAAAUAUGCUGGUGAAGAUCCAGAUGAGAGAGAGAGAUCGAUCUACUUGCGCAAACCUCAGGCCCCGGUACAAGUCAACAUUGGGCAAUUACCGGAAUAAUGUGUGCGUUGCGAACUCGCAUCCGAUUCCGAACCAUCAUGGCAGAAGCACGUUAACGCUUGCUUUCACGCACGAAAGAACUCCGUGUCUCGUUCCGCGUCGUGGCGCUCCCUGCUCAGUGCCCUGCCGAAGCGUUCUUUGGUAGGCAUCGAUUGUCUUCUUGACGGGUGGACAAGUGCAGAAGCUAACCGACGGGGAAGAAGCGCCAGCGGAGAAAUAAACGAAGGUCCCUUAUUUACGCGAGUUCUAGUACUCCUUGCACCUGUGUUGAAAUUGACUACGGAGAACCUCCGAAAAAUUGCACAUCCCCGCCGACCCGCACCACCAGCACAGUUACCAUGAGUGCGACGCUUGCGUGGGAUUCGUUCCUUGGGGUGGGGCAGCAGCCCCCCGCCAUGAUGACCAACGCGCGCAUUGUUGCCUUUGACCGGCAAAACUUCGUCUUGGUGGGGGGGCUCACCGGGCGAAGGAGCAAGCGCGUUUUCAAUCUGCGGAACUACGGAGAACAAGGCUGGCAGUGGCGCGAUAUCACUCCCAAACUCGGGGAUGCUUUUGAAGAGGUAUCUAUACAUAGCUGUCGAAGUAGGAACAAAAAUCAAUCAUCCCGCGUUCUGGUAGUCGUAUUUUUCGUUCUGCAAUAAAGGUGAACAUAUGUGAUCGCAUAUAUCAGUUUGCACGAAACAUGGUUCUCAACUCCAGGUUUGCAACCAGGCGAUGUGCGCCCUCCGCUACGAGGACAAGCUGCCGAGAAACAAAGUGAACCUGACGCGGGGGCGGUGUAUGCUGUUCGUUUUCGGUGGCCAAGUGCAGGGUGGCGUGAACGACGCGGGCCGGCCGGUGCUCUCAAGUGCGACCUAUUUUCUGGAUUUGGAAAAUCCGAUCGGACCAAUCUGGCGCAAACUCUUUUGCCCCGAGGCACCGACCGCAAGAGAGGGAGCCUGUGGUGAGUCGGUGUUUUCUAUUUCUUUGAUGCGCGAUGAUCUUCUUUUCGUAUAAGAAACCGACCUAAAAAUGCUAACAUAGUCCUAAUCCUCUCGCUCUCUUUCACAUUCAUCAUCGAAGCCAGCCACAAGCUUUGGCCCCUAUGUCACUUGUGUCUACAUCAAGUUGAUGUUGCGACAACAACAUCAUCACCUAGCGCUGGUACACCGCGGUGAGAUCUUUCUCUUUGGAGGCCGUGCCGCCGCUAUGAGCAACAGCAACGGAAUCAUGGCGGAUAUGUGGAGCCUCGACAUCGACCAGUGCGAUAUGAAUGCCCAGGUGCAGUCCGCCGAGGCAUACGGAGGAGGUGAGAAAAAGAACCAAGUUAGUGAUGCAAAUACUAAUGCGUUUUACAACUACAUGCAGUUAGAAGAGCAGAUUCUGAUUCACAAAGAUGUUCUUGUCAAAGGAAGCGAUGGCCAUUUUCUAUGGCUCCUGCACUAGUAGCUGUAAUUAAUGUACAGCGGAUGAGCGACGUGGACGUCGUACCUAUUUAGCUUUUGAUUCUUUCAGGUCUCGGCGGCUCAACAUGGGUACCACACGCCACAGCUAUGCACAAAAAAAAAACGCCUUGUAGCUUCGGAGUGUUCAUCAUUACUUGUCCCCGAAAGUUUCACCUUCUGGCGCCUUGAGCUGGUUUGGCAUGCCUAUAUAAUGGAGCCCACCAGCGAUUGCAUUGGCAUUUGCACGGUUCACCGCUUUCACGACAAACAAGCCAAGUAGAACAUCACUGCCGAAGUCGCAAUGUGGUCGUUUCUCAACGCAUGCAUACGCCUCAAGUCCGGACGGUACCCGAAGGGGCGCUACGGCCACGCGAUGGUGUCCAUCGCGGACAAGAUUUACCUGUUCGGUGGUAUGAGCGACCAGAAGCUCGGGGACUUGUGGUGCUACACGCCGGCCACGACAAGUUUUUCCUCCUCCGGCAUUCUGAAACGGUCCACGGCGACGUCGUCCAGCAGCGGCAACUCCUGGAACCCGGUGCGCACGGUCGGAAAAACGCCGGCGGCGCGGUCCGGGCACGGGAUGCUAUACGUGGAGCCGGACUCGCUAGUGGUGUGGGGCGGGAUGCUGAAGGACGCACCCGGUGGCUUUCCCGUGAUGGGCACGACGGUGUACGUGUUAGAUCUGCAGUGCCUCUAUUGGACCACGCCGUACGUGCUGGGCGAGUGCCCGCCCCCGCGAAAGUCCAUGGCGGUUUCCGACUUCACGGGCGGGAUAUUCGUGUGUUACGGGGGCGCACCCUGCGGCGACGUGUUCCGCAACUGCAUCGAGACGCCGCAAAGAGCUUUUGUGUACACGCUACGCAGCACGCUGGAUGACGCGGUGAGCAGCUCCGUCACCAAUAAUAACGCGGAGAACAGCGCCGGCGGCGCGGCCAAGGGUGGAGAUGCUGAGGCGGGGGCUUCUACUUCACAAGCGCCGCCGGCAACCGGGGACGUGGGCAACAUUUCCGCCAAAGCUAGCGAGCACUUCUUGACGGAGGGCCGAGAUCGGCUGCUAUCCCUGAAAUUGCAGCUGGAAAGACGGAAGAAGGAGGUGAUCGAGCUCGUCUCCCAACUGCACAAGGAGCAGGCACAGCGGGAGCAGAAGGACAGGAUCCUGCGCAACUUGUCCAAAGACAUUUUCUCCGUCGACAACGAAAUGUCGUACCUGCAAAAGCGGAACAAAAUCCUCUACCGCAUCGGCCUCGCGGAGCAGUCCCUGCGAAAAUCCUGUGAGUCCAGCUGUCAGAAGUUGAAGGGACUGGCCUCCGUCGUCGAAGCGAUCAUGAUCGCGAAGGAGGGGGGCGACGACUACAUCAAGGACCUGCUCAGUAGCGCGACAGCAGGCGGGGGGGCUAGUGCUGGGGGUAUCAAGAAGGGAGCACCAGGAGGACAGCAAGCCGAGUCGGAGGACGACGAGCUGAUGCGCAGGAUUUUCUGUAGCCACCUACACAGCAGCAACCUGGAGGAAGGUGGGGACCAUCAGCAGCAAGUAGAGCCCAACGCCGACGGCAGCUUCACCGUGGCAUUAACCGCCAACGCGUCCGGCUCCAAAAGUGCGGCGGGUGGGAAUGGCAAGGACGCGGCUCCGGGGAUGAAAAGCGGGAACAACAAGGGGGGAAGCAAUCCGAGCUCAAGAAGGAACUCCAGUGCCACCGCAAACAGUAACUUCGAGGACGAGGACGCCGCGGCGGAGGCAGUAUUCAUGAUUUUAGGAGGGAGUUUUUGUAGCGUUCUUGCAGUACUUUUACUAGAUGUAAAUUGAUGCAGAAGGAGGGCAUGAUGUUCUGCUAUCAUGCAAUGUUGCCUUGUAGUACCACGUAAAAGGAGCAAAGAGUAGGAGGACACGACGUAGCACCUAGCACCUUCGUAGUGACUCAGACUGUGGUGCAAGAAUCGUCAACAUGAUCACUGUAUCUUCGUCUGACAGGCCGAAGCCGAGCUGGAGGAGCUCGAGAAGGAGCACAAGGACCUGCUGAAGCAAGUUCUGGCCCAAGAGAAGAAGCACAGCACGGAGGAGCGCAAAUUGGGCGACUUGUUGCAGCAGCUCCGCGUGGACCUGGGCGUGCUCGAUGACACGCAGGCCCUGCACGAGCAACGCGGGCAACAGCAGCAGCUUGGAGCAGGGUCGUCUUCCCCGAACAAGCACAAUCGGUCCGGGUCGCGUAUGUCCCCCGAUCGGGUCGAGGACGCGCUAUCGCCUAGACUGUCAGACUAUGCAUUGCAAAAGUGUCUGGGUCUGAAAACUUGUGAUGCUGGGUGGCGUAUCAUGAGGAGGUCACAAGUGCUGGCGCAGCAUGACAAGCCUCCGAGCUUAUAGGUGUUGCCGAUUCUGCAUGACAGCAUGACAGAAAAAUCAUGGGGUUCUUGGGUAACGUGCAUGACAGAUUGCAGAGUAAUGCCAGACCAGCAUGACAAACGUGCACUCUUCCAGGCCCAGACAUCUUUGCAUUUGAUACAGACCGGGGGGAGAAUUAUCCGUCGGGGAAUGUUAGCGUGCCGCCUUUGAAGUUCUACAAUGACGGCGAAGUGGAGCAGGACGAGGACGAACAAGCGGGUGAUGCUGGCGACAGGCAGCAAGAAAUUACUUCUCCGCUAGUGGAGCUAGACCCUGGAGGCGCAGAGUUUAUAUGACACAUAAAUCAUCAACCAACGAUAAGAACCUUGAUCCACUCCAAAGAUCCAAAGCACACCUAAACGGGCACGAUCGUCACUAAUUCAAUUCUACUAGAGUAAGAUGACUACUGAACCUGAAACAGGCUAAGACGGGCACGAACGUCACGGCAAGAAUAGUGAAGGUUCCCGAGUGCCCCAGUUUUGCCUGGGCACGCAGUACCAUCGACCUUUACUCUUCCAAUGAACCCCAGGGCCCUUGAUGCCAGUCAAGGCACACACACAAAUAAUCUCUCAUGCAUAUUUGUACCACCUCAACUAGGUGUUGUUUUUACUCGUAGUGGGUUCGACCUCGUCGUUGGUUAGUUCGCAUCUUCACAGAGUUAUGAGCCCAAAUUACCACUAAGAUUUACUUCUGAUUGCGAACAUUUAAAAUUACACUUUGCGCCUAAUUAUCAGCAUUACAAAUUUAGAAUCAUAAAUACCCCAACGACAAACCAUGGGCGAGCUGACUGCAGCGCAGAAGCAAAACAAGAAAGAGAAGACUGCGAAGGAAAAGGCUGCGAAGGAGAAAGCAGCAGCAACAGCAACUUCUGGCGAGCCUGAGGGCGAACAGCAAACAGCCGGUGAUGACGGAACCAUCACGCCGAACCCAGACAAGAAGAAAAAGAAGAAAAAGCAAAACACUUCUUCUACCGCCGACACCACUCUGACGCUGCAAACUGCGCCUAGCGUUGUGGCGAAGUUGUCGCAGAUGGGAAAACUGCUGGGCGACUUGAAAGACGACAAGGGCGGCACUGUCGUUGCUGACCUCCGGAAGCAGCUCGAGGACGUCGCGAAGGAAGAACAACAGCGCGACGCGGAUGCGAAGAAGCAGUUGCAGAAACCAGCCACGAAGACCAGUACGAAAAAGAAGAAACAGAAGAAACCGAAGCGGAAGGAUUCCGAUUCCGACAUUCUGUCUUCUUCGGAUUCCAGUGGUGGCAGCUGCGACGAAAACUCUUCUUCCGAUUCCUCAAGCGGUUCUGCGAGUUCCGAGGAGGACGAGAAACCGAAAAAGCGAAAGAAAUCGUCGAACGAAAAAGACGAGAAGAAGAUGGUCUUGUCGCAACUCCCGCUCUAUCAAGAUGACUCGUUACCGUUCACCGAGUACUUGUCGCUCGCGCAGGAGAAGUACAAGCCGAGCCGUAUCCUGAAAGGGAUUGAAUCAAAAAUCCAGCAUACUACUACCCUGCGACAGUACUUAGCGGCGAAGAAGCGGAGGACAGUCCGCAAGGCGCAUAACAGUUCGAAGCGCCUCCGGCGCAUCAUCAAGAUCUUCCGGAACGAACUGCAAGACCCCGAUGCAGGUAUGGAGAAACUGGAAGAUUGCAAGCAGGACCAGAACCAAAACCCACAGGAGUGGUAUAAGAAGUUCUGCGAAGCUCUUGCUGAAUUGCCUGAGGACAAACUGCCGUUCUCGGAAGUCGUCCGCUACGCCGAACGGAACGCGCAAAAGAACGUCAGGGGCAUCAUCGUCCAGGACAAACCGAGAAACGCGACGCAGCUGGCGGCUGCGAUUGGCAAAGCGGAGAAGCUUUUCGGGAAGAAGAAGAAACCUGAUGUCGCCUUCCCUGCCUUCCACGACCCGAAGGGCGGCCGCAAGCACAAGGGCGGUCGUCAUGGCAAGAAGGGUAGUGGCAAGGGCGGUAAGAAGGGCGGCAAGGGUGGUAAACCCCGGAAGCCGUACAACCCGGACGCCUGGUGCGAUUACUGCAGCCGCGCCGGCCACUGGGAAUCGGAGUGCCGUACCAAGCAGAAUACCGACGGCGGCAAAACUGGGGCACCGGGGAAGCAGUACAACUCGUAUGCAGCAUCCGGCGACCACAACAGCGGUGGACACCACCAGCAGCAUGGUGGAUACCACCAGCAGCAGCAGCAGCAGGGGAACUACAACCAGUACGGUGCCCAGCACCAACAACAACAAAAUCCGUACCCCCCGCAGCAACUGCAACAACAGAUGGUCCACCAACCGGCGAACCCGAACUACAACCAGCAGGGCGGAUUUUUCUGUGCCGUGGCUGUCGAAAUCUCCUGCCCCGACCACCCCCACAGUGCGUUUGCGACUCCCGCGACAGCAAACACGGUGGAGAUGUUCUUGAUGCUGGAUUCUUGUGCGAGCAAGCACAUGGCGGGACCGGUGCGGGUUCUGCAUGAACUCGUGAAAGCGCCGGCAAUGUCGUUUAGCACGGCAAACGGACCGACCACCAGUACUACCACGGGUUCUAUCUGGUUGGAAACCUCACCGCCGAUCAAGCUCCAGAACGUUGCCCACGUCCCUAGCCUCGGCAACAGGGUGUUGCUGAGUUAUCCGCUUUUGCGCAGAGCCGGUAUCCCGAUGUCCUUGGACAAGAUGCAGUUCUUAUCCUACGCGAUCCAGCUCGUGGAAGGAUGCACCCAGAUCAAGCUCCCGGUGCGUAUCAACCACAAGGAACCGAUCCAGACGGCGUUUGUAACCUGCAGCGAGGAACUCAUGCAGGACUUGUGGUGCGCCACCCAUGAUUACUUUAAUUCUUUGAUUGGUUUCGAUAGCUCUUUGCGUCUUCAGUUUUUCGAAAUCGAUUGCAAAAAUCUCAGCACAAACGAGAUAAUCGCAGAAGUCGUUCACAACCGUCAAAAACGACUUGCACUACUGGCGCCCAUCAUCAAUGACGAGAUCAAAGAAAAACUUCGCAUUUUGUCAGCGUAUCUCGAUGAAAGAGUAGUAGUGCUUGAUGGCCCGAGUCACCACCAGCAUCGGACAUUUGAAAUCAAAGACGACGAUGUCAGGUGGCUUGCAUCUUGUGCCUAUUCUUUCCCCGCGCCAGAGGUUCCACCAGAGGACCAAUCGCAUGAGCCUGAGCCUGCUGUAUCUUCGGACCCCACAUCUUCAAGCGCGCAACAGGAAGAUCGUGGCCAGGAUGCAACCCGCAGCGCCUCAAGCGAUUCUGAAAAUGCCGACCGCUCUGAGCUACCUACUUCGGAUCAUCUUGGCUCUGAGCAGCCCAAGGCCAAAAAGAAGAAAAAGGCCAAGAACAAAAAGCGCAAAAAGGCCGACCAGGACCAGGACCAACCAAAGCGAACGCGCCCGGCGAAGAAGUUCAGGCGAACAGAUUCGACCGAGGCCCCGGCUUUCGAGCAAAUUAGUUAUGAAAAGAUAUGCCAGCUUGGCGCUUGCCUUUUUAUGCCUACUUUCCAAAAGUUGUGGGAAAUUGUCCGAACGCUUGACAACUCCCAGCGCUCCAGAAGUAUGGUUAUUCACUUCUGCAAGCACAACUUGACGCGCCUUAAGACCCAUGCCUUUCCCCACCAUAAAGUCGGAGGAGUUGAAGCCAAUUCUUUGUCCGACUGGUGCGCCUUAGAUACGUUUUUUCCGUUAGGUAAGGAGUUUAGCGUGCUACAUGGGAUCAACAUCCAUUCCCGCGCCAGCACCACCACAACUUUCAAACGAGCAGUCAAGAUGCAGGACACUGCUGAUUUUUUAGAGUACUUGAAAACUGUUGGCAUGAUGGGCAAGAACAUUCUUUGCGACCAAGGCAAGGAGUUUGACAACAUAAAAGUGCGCGAAUGGUGCCAGCUGUAUGGCAUUCAGCUUUUCCUGACGCCUAAGGCUUCUUGGGUGAAUGGAACUUGCGAGCGCCGCCAUCGUCUUUUGCGUGCUGUUUUGCAUCGUCUUUAUUACGUUUAUGGCCAAAAGAGUUCUAUCAUCCCGCGCCUGGUACAACAAGCAACAAACGCGGUUAACAUGACGCCCACCGCUGCGCUUGACGGGCUUGCGCCUGCGCAGGUGCAGUGGGUCAUAAAUCCGUUUAAGCUCGAGCCUAAUUUUGUAGAAGAUUUGACAGAGCAGCAAGCAGUUUUAGUCAACGAGCAAAGUCCUGAGUCCGAUUACAAAAUCCGUUGUAGGGCCCGUGCUCUGGUCGAAGAGCUGAAGCACGACAGACAGCUUGUAGAUGAGACGCGGAAGCUGAGGGAACUUCAGCGCAAUUUUUAUCAUGAAUCCGACGAGUGCAAAGUUGGUGAAUUGGUAGAAAUUUUCGACAAGGACAAAGAAGCAUGGUUAGGUCCCUGCACCUUAAUCCAUCGCCAAGUGAACAACAACUCAGUCACUUUCGUUGUGGAUCAUGAUGGCAGGUAUCGCCGUUCGCAUGCGUCUCACGUACGUAGGCACCUGACGGCCACUGCUAUGACUUUUCCACCCAUGUUACUCAAAAGCCUCUACAAAACGCACAACGUCCCUGAUAGCCAUCCGGACACGCCCCAGGGCGAAUUUCUCGACGAAGAGACAACCAUCAAAAUAGUUCCGGAUGGUAAUGCGAAGGUCGCACCAAAAACCCUCGAUGCAGCUGACAGCAUCAAAGCCGACCCAAAAUCGAGCACCGAUGCCCCCGCCGCAUCAAGUAGCAGCGCAAGCUCGUCAUCUCGUGAACCUGACACGCUCCCGCCGCCUGGCAACGGUGGCCCGGCUGUCUCACUUGAUGUUGCACCCAUCGAACUAGAGAAAAAGUUCCGUCUUACCAAGGACUACUAUCAGGGCGUUUUCGACAAACUCAAAUCUGAAGAGGUGCAGCGCGUACGCCAGUUGAUCGCGACAACUGAAACAGCGCCGGUGCGUGGCGCUUGGAUAAAACGCAACGAACAACGUGAGAAAACGCUACUCACAGUGCGCGCGUUAAUCGAUGCUCAGCCCGAGUAUUCGCAUUUGAAAGAAGCACAAAAGCACAAAGUCGCUUCUGACAUCGCAGAACGAUGCCGACAGCUCAACAUCAACGACAUUAACGACAAUACGCUUGCAGCCAUGCUUGCGCCCCUCAUUUGUGCUGACUGGGAGCCUGGUGAAGUUUGCUACAAAGCUAUCGCUGUCCCUGAUCACAAGUCUGGUUUUGACACUACAGAGCCCGCUUGGAAAGAAGCCAUUUCUAAAGAAGUCAAAGCACAUUCUCACGUAUUCAGGCCUGCUACACCUGAAGAAGUCGAACGGUUCAAACGCAGCGGCAGCAGAGCAGUACCCUGCAAAAUGUUGCUUAGUGUAAAGCGCUGCGGCAAACGUAAGGCCCGGAUCGUAUGCUUAGGCUUUCUGGACAAAAUGUCUGGGAACCAGAAGUAUGCUACUGUGCCUGAUUUAAGUAUUUUGCGUAUGUUGCUUUGUAUGAAAGUUCAGUCACCUAGGAUGUUUGCAUUCCCUUCCGACGCUACUUCAGCCUUUUUGCAAGCAAAGUACCCAGUUCCGGUCGUGAUCGAUCUCGAUCAGCGAUUGCAAAACGAGCUAGGCUACCGCCUUGGUGUGGUAGAAUACGCCAUGAAUGGCCUGCGCCUUAGUUCCCGCGCCUGGGAAGACCACCGCGAUGCCGUUCUUGUCAAACAAGAAUGGAAGCGCAACCCCAUCGAGGCCACUCUCUGGACUCGUGCCGGUGUUUUGUUGUUAGUAUUUGUAGAUAAUUUUUGGUUUUUCGGUGACAAGGAAGAAGUUUUGAAGUACCACGAAGAACUUAGGCCCGCGCUAAAGUUACAACCCGAAGAGGUUCGCGACGAAGGUACGCACCUCGUCUACGAUGUCCUUGGCAUCGAAGCCCGCGAAAACAAAAAGACCGGCGACAUGGUCUUGAACCAAGACAAAUACGUGCAGAAAAUUCUUGAUCGCUUUGGCGGUGACACAGGUCGCAACACUUCCACGCCAAUGGAUGCGCCUCCUGAUGUCUCUGCGCCUGAAGUGCCUGAAUUAGUCAAAACCAAGCAAGAACUAACUGGCUCCUUACAGUAUUUGUGUCAAACCAGGAUGGACAUAGUCGUAGCUUUAAAGAUGUGCGCCCGCGUGAAAGCUACUCCCGAGUGCAUUUUGGCACUCAAGCGCAUCGUGCGCUACUUACGGACCCGCCGAGGUCUCCGAUACAAAAACCGAAGUGAAAAGUUUGGAGAUCGUCUUAUCCUCACCGCGUGGAGCGACUCCGACUGGGCUAGUUUCGGAGAUAGAAAGUCUAAUUCCGGCGUAGUGAUCUGUCUGAACGGAAAUGCCAUCGCAUGGCGUUGCGCAAGUCAAAACAGCGUUAGUUCUAGCGUUUCUGAAGCUGAGCUCUAUGGCAUGAGCGAAGCCGCGAAAAUGGUUUUACGUUUUCACUAUUGUCUUGAAUCUUUGCGCCCGUUUUGGAAAAAGUUCUUUGCAUCACACAGCCUUUUACUGCCUAUUCAACUUGGAUGUGACAACUCCAGCGCAAUUUCGUAUACUGAAAACCAAAACGGCACCAAAAGCGCUUUGAAACAUAUCGACAUCCGUGGCAUGCAGAUGCGCGAUUUGCAAGAGAAACAACUUAUCAAGUGCGUUUAUCACUCGACCAAGAUUAACAAGUCAAACGGUUUGACUAAGACUUGUCCUCCUAUCGAGUUUCGUGCAUUUCUCGAACUAAACGACAUAAUCGAGUGGGAUUAACCGAGAACGUUCCGAGUAUGAAAAACACCACAGACCGCCAGCAACCCUUACUGGACACGAACGAACGAACGCGAAGAAAUUCGGCGCAAGGGGGACUGCUGAUGACUAUCGAAGAGAGUUUUAUUAUGCACCAAAUUUAUUCGCUUCCAUUUACGCCUGCAUUUAUUUUUCGCAAGUCUCGCAAAGACUAGAAACAAAGAACCUGCAAUACAGAUUUUAUUUUUUGACUUUGGAUUUGGAGUGAGGGGGACUAUGACACAUAAAUCAUCAACCAACGAUAAGAACCUUGAUCCACUCCAAAGAUCCAAAGCACACCUAAACGGGCACGAUCGUCACUAAUUCAAUUCUACUAGAGUAAGAUGACUACUGAACCUGAAACAGGCUAAGACGGGCACGAACGUCACGGCAAGAAUAGUGAAGGUUCCCGAGUGCCCCAGUUUUGCCUGGGCACGCAGUACCAUCGACCUUUACUCUUCCAAUGAACCCCAGCCAGGGCCCUUGAUGCCAGUCAAGGCACACACACAAAUAAUCUCUCAUGCAUAUUUGUACCACCUCAGCUAGGUGUUGUUUUUACUCGUAGUGGGUUCGACCUCGUCGUUGGUUAGUUCGCAUCUUCACAGUUUAGAGAAGGAGGUACUACAUCAAACAACCUGAGCCGCGAGCAGUUGUCUGUGGAAUUCCACCAGACAUCACAAGUUUUGCUUGACGAACAGGGAUAAGACCGCUCAGGUUGGCGGCCGCGAUUAAUAAAGACAUUUCCCCAGCACCACUUUAUUCCGGUUCGCCUGCGGAACCCUCUAAAUUAUUGAGACUGCUGCGGCGGUGACGUUGUCCUGCUGGUGGUGACACGAAAGAUAGAAUUCGCAAGAAAUCUCCCCAUGCGUGUAGUGCAUUUACAUGAACGAAGCUAGUACGGCUCGCGAGG